UUCGGGAGCGCAAAGUGCGAAACGCUGGUUAUUUAAAAAUGGCGAGGCCCUCGGUGUUGUUGUGCAUUAUCAGCGCGGCGAGAUUAAAGAGCGUUGUUGAGUGUAUACGCCCGCUGAUAUAAGCACCGUCGUCUCGCCGCGUCUCGUCGCUUCAUCAGAAAGAAUCAUGGUUACCCCCGUUCUUAUUUGCGUUACGUCGUUGGCCGUUGUGAGCCUGGGAAUUGUUAUGGGCUGGACCUGCAUCCAGUGUUGUUGCCUCUACAUUGUAUUAACUUGUUCCUGUUUGCUUGUCGGCCCGUUAAUCAUGAUACUGAUCAACAUAGCCCUGUCGCCCAAACACCAGACUGGUUCCGGCACCGUUAGAACUGUCGCGGAACUGGACGCCUUCCACGGCAUGUUAAUGAAAGGAUACGAGCCCAAGUCGGCCAGCAGUAGGAAGCACACGCGUUACCCCGUUGUCUUCACUCGUCUGGUGGACGGCGCCCUGCAGAAUCUCCUGGAUUUGAUUUUUCAGGACUUCGUCGGCUAUUGGUUGAACGAUCUGGCUUUCGGCUCGGAACAGCUGAUAGAUAAUAUGAAGCAGGAUGUGUGGGGCGCGAUACAGAGCCUGCACGAUCGCUUGUCGCGCGUCGAUCACACUAAAUUGGUGGUCUGCAAUAUAGUGAAUAAGCUCACCUUUCACUUCGAGAAGAUCAGGAUAGCUCAAGCAGCUUCGUCGGAGGGAGAAGACCCCGUAUUUAUUUUGUCGGCACAUUUGAUGUCGCCCGUCGCCGAGCUGGAAUAUUUAAGGAAGAUCAGCGAGCUUUGCAUCCUGUUUUUGUUACCACGCAGUUACUCCCUUUCUCCAGUAAAGUUUCUCUUAAGAGAAAUUCUCACGUGCAAAAUCUUAAAACCGGCAAUAGAUUUAAUCACGGAUCCCGAUUACAUCAAUCAGAAGAUCCUGACGUACAUCGAUCAACAGCAGCUCGCCGAAGCGAUGCACAGGAAAACGUACGAAUACGCGGAAUCAUUCGAGGAUUUUAUUCGUAUGGUCAAGAGCACCAGGGACCUAGAGGUUCUCAGACAUAUCAGAUAUAAUAUCGUUACCGAGAUUAUGCAAGCCACCACGGUGCAAAACGUGAAACGAGCCCAAGGUUUGGAUCUUGAAAAUAACGCGCUCGGCAACUCCGAUGCCAUUCGCGCGAGAAAAUUGAAGAGGUACAUCAGCCAACUGACAUACGCUAAAAAUACGUGCGAGUGUCACAUGCAGACGUUGGGAUGGGAUGGAUAUCCUCGCCAGGAUACAGAGAUCUGCGACGCUGCUGAGAUCAUGGAAGGCAGGAUACUUCCGUUGCAAGCGUGUCUGGAUAACGUGACCGGUCGACGAUAUCUGUCUCAGUUUCUGGAACAGGUCGCUAGUCAAGGAUUGAUCGGUUAUUGGGCGGCGGUACAAGAAUUACGCGGCGCAGAACGAUCCAGUUGGCAUCAAUUGGGAGCCGAGAUCUUUUACACUUACAUCCGAUCACCCACCGCCGAGAUCAAGGUGGAUAAAAACGUACGAAAGCGGAUGGAGGCCUUUUUGCUGGGCGAUACGGGACCCAGUGUAUUUUACGAGGUCCAAGACGACGUCGUUAGGACGCUUCAGGAAAAGUAUUAUUCGUCGUUUCUCGUCAGCGAGCAAUAUAAAACCAUGCAGGAGGCAUUACUCAAUGAAAGAGCGGAAGGUUUAGUUGAAGACCGCGAGAUCGUUGACGGCACAUUGUCAGAAUCCUCGACCUUGCUCGUCGGUGAACGAUCAAAUUACGCUCGUAGCAAACUGGAUCAACUGCACGAAAAAUUGAACAAUAAGAUGCAGGCAUUGCAGGCGCUUAAAUCCUCUCUCAAGCCCGAAAGCAAAGUGCUCAGUAUAUUGGCGAAAGAGGUCGAAUGGCUGCAAGGUGAAAAGCGACAGUUGGAGGCGCAUUUAAAUCAUACGGAAAUGUGGGCCGAACAUCUAGGUCAUUGGAGAGCCGAUGUGCAGAGCGCAGAGAUGCCCGAUAACGGGGAUCCUCCGCAAUUUGUACUGGUUGUCCACAUGGCAGAGGAUGACGACAAUGAUGAAAGCAUAUCCAGCGGAUGGGUGGUGUUGAGAAAACUGCAGGACUUUCAAGAUCUUCACAGGAAAUUACGUCAGUUGUGUUCUAACGUUAAAAGCCUGGACUUACCGUCGCAGCCUUUGAAGUUUUUCGGAAAAUCCGACAAGAGCACUCUCGACAAAGCCAAGAUGCAGAUUCAAAAAUAUUUAAAUUUUGUCUUGGAGGACGAGAGGCUUAAUCAAAGUGAGGCGUUGUAUGCCUUUCUCAGUCCAAGCUCGGAGCACCUUAAAGCCGUGGUGGCACCAUGUCCCAAGAAAUCUCGCUUUUCUUUGUCCACGUUAUUCAAAACAUCUGUCGGUAGCAACGAGGUACGCGACAAAGAAGAUGAAGAGGAUUAUUCGUUGUUAUUGGACGACAGCGAGACUGGCCGUACCGGCACAGACACCUAUCUGAAUGCCACCAAGGAUGCGAUCGCGGAACCGUUGUACACGCUUCUCGGAGAAGUUUUCGAUUUAAGAGGAGUAUUUCGUUGGCUUAGACGGUCUCUCAUCACCUUCGUACAAAUUACUUACGGACGUACUAUAAAUAGACAAAUCAGAGAUACCGUUGCAUGGGUGUUUUCUGAGCCAAUGCUCCAUUAUUACAUACAACUGUUUACGAGAUCGUGGUGGCCGAACGGGCAGCUCGUGUCCGAGACAGUUCUUCGCACCGACGAGGAAAAGUUGAAGACGCGAGGCGAGGCACGCAGGCAAUUUCUUAACAAUGUACCUGAAGUAUUGACGAAUCUAGUGGGAGCGCAAAGUGCUCAACGUGGCGCGAUUAAAGUUUUCGAUUCCCUGCAGAACGUGAAUCUGAAUAAACAGCUAUUUUACGAUAUAUUUGAAGUAUUAAUGUACGAAGUAUUUCCAGAACUGCAGCAUAAACAAUGUUCCUUAGCGAAAUAAAGUAUCAAUGUGAUAUACAAUGAA